AACAACAUAUUCCUUUUAUGGUAGAUCAGGCAUCCCUUGUGUCUUCGACAAGACUGUUCUUUUACAAAAUUCAACCUCUUUGGCGUUGCAACUAGUUGAUUUGACUUAMGUUUUGCACAGUUAUCACUGAGAAAAUCCAUGUUUUUGGUCAGAAGACUCUAAACAUUGGCUCUUUGGACAUGCUUACGCGCCCAGAAAGUACCUAAUUCGCUAACUCGUCAAAAACGACUCGAGCAAGGCGGUCAAUCUUUGGGUGAUGUUCAUUUUAAAGACGUCAGAGRAACUGGUCAUAGCUGAGGCACGCGCCAAGUCUAUUUCAUUUAUCAACAAAACGAAAACCUACUUCAAGUCCAGAAAACCAAAUAAACUCACUCUGCAGCGAACAAGCAAGUAGKAAAACUUACACAUCUUCCGAGCUCAAAAGGACAUGAGAAAUGUCUUCAAUCAACAUUUUCACGUGGACAAUAGCCWUYCUACUUCUUCUAGUUUUUCUAAAACACGGAUACGCUUGUCCUCCUGGUCUAAACUUCCAACGAAAGCGAAUUAGAAAACCGUUUCAGUUUAAGCAGCACGAGCCGAAGUUUGAGGAAACUUCWGCACAAGCAAGCGGGGAAUCGAAGCGAGUGAAAAGAGGAACCGCGGCUUAUGACGAGUUAAUCAUCAAUGUGAAUCCAAAUAUUGUGUUUAGGGAUGACAGAGGAACGGGCGAUAAUCGUAGGAUGACAAAGCGUUGUGAAAGCAAACUUCAGCUCCUAGCUUCCAAGGUGAAGGACCACUGGGGAGGCAAAGUGAAGCUUCGCGUUAUCAGAGGCUACGAUUCUGGGGAGUCGRCMCACAGACACCCUAAACGAUACCCCUUUCCCAAUCUUCAUUACGCUGGUCGAGCAGUUGACAUAACUACUUCCGAUGUGGACCGAAAGAAAAAUCCGAUGUUGGCCCGACUUGCUUACGAAGCUGGGUUUGAUUGGGUGGCUUAUGGUAGUAAGGGAUUCGUUCACGCGUCGGUUCAGUCGGAAGAAGAAAGCACAUCGCAAAAAAGUGGCUGUUUUCAUUCCAAUUCUACAGUAUUUACUCAAAACAGAGCCAAGGUUAAAAUGAAAGAUUUAAAAAUCGGCGAUAAAGUUGCCAGCAUGGAUCACAGUGGCAAAAUCGUCUUCUCRCCCAUCAUAAUGUUCUUCCAUCAAAGCCCAAAAUUACGCACGUCAUUUCGAAUAAUCAAGACAGAAAACCACCAGAAAGUGGCUAUAACUCCUUCACACUUUAUCUACAAAUUAAACAAACACACCCAGCRUGACGUUGUGGAUUAUGCUAAGGGACUAACRGCAGGGGACAAAAUUUACGUUCGUAAUCCUCUAGAUCCAUAUGGCCCCCUUACGACUGAGCGAGUAAUCGAAAUCAGCGAGGAGGACAUGUUGGGUGCUUUUGCACCCUUGACUGAAACGGGGACAMUAAUUGUAGAUGAUAUUUUGGUGUCAUGUUAUGCUGUGUUUCCUAGUGAUGCCAUUUCGCAUUGGAGCAUGUUGCCAGUUCGAUUGAUGGCAUGGUUCUAYCCGAGCUUCUUUGACACUAAGGAAGAAAUGCAUUGGUAUCCAAGAUCUUUGCUUAGACUAUACAACAUGGCUCAAAUGCUAUCGAUGAGAGAGGUGUAAUAUAAUCCAUACAGAAGAAAAUAGCCUUCUUGUUUGGCCUGGCACAGGGCAAAAGAAAAUCCAUCACCAUAAAUGAUAAUAGAGCGCCGGCGUCUUUAGAAAUUUUCGGAAUUGAUCAAACGUUCGAUCUCAGCGCCAGCUCUGAAUUGAUCAAGCGUUCGAUCUCAGCGCCGGCCCUAAUCACAACCAGAGGGCCGAAUACUUUGAACAAAACGGACCAUACCCAUAACGUUUCGUUCGAUAUUCAUUGGCUAACUGAGUUGACAAGUUGUGACACUGUUUAUUAGAUCAAUUAUGAACAUUUGUUUCGGUUUCACCUGCUGUUAUGAGUAGAUAAACCUAUAGAUUAAUCAAAUGCAGUCAACGUGGCUUAUAUACAAUAGACAAUCAAUCAUGGUGCAUAUAGACAUAUAUAUAUUUAUUGAAAGGUUAAUAAUAUCUGAUAACAUAAUGACACUAGUGACAAGCUGUGACAUAUAUAYAGUAAAAACCCGCGUAUAAGAGAACACCUAUUUUGGCGGUUCAGGCUGAUUUGGUUCUUAUUAAGGCAGCUUAUGAUCUGCAAAAUCAGCCUCUAAGUGUUCUUAAAAAACGUUUCUUAAAAUAAGGAACAUACAUACUUUUGGCUACCAACCGAUGAAAUCAAUAUAUAUGCACACAAUUWUGAUUAAUCAAUCAAUGAUGUAACUAUUUUAAUUUAAA